UUCUCCCCUUUUUCACUUUUCACUCACAUAUAGGCGACGACAACGACGCCGCUCUAAAGAGUCGUGCGUGCCCGACCUCGAACGCGCGUUCACCUGACGCAUCGGCGACGCGCUUUCCACACGAGCCAACACCGUCGCCGCGACAAAGCUCUCGGAGACUGUCACGCACAUUCUGCGCGUGCGACCAGAGAGGCCGUGCCACCCGCUGUCGAGCUCUCGAGGAGGAGCGGUACAAGUCGUUCCUCAUUUCCUGAGGUACCUCUGGCAAUCCACCGAAAGCAGCCGAGGCGCCGCACUCAACCGCUGACAUGGAGCCCGCGACGUGGACCCGGUUCGUUAUCUGGACGGCGCUCUGCGCGUGCUCCAUUCUGAGGACAGCCCUGUGCCAACAGCAGGAGUGCGACCCUGUGCCGGUGCUCCGUUGCUACGGCGGCGUGCUGAGCAGCAUCGAGACAGACAUGGACAGGCUGGUCGCCAAGUACGGGCCCGAGCUGGACGCCGCGCUUAGGACGUUCGCCGGGAAAUACCCGGCUUCGUCUUCACCGUGCAAGAUACGGCCCGGAGAGCAGGGUAGGUGUACAGCCGCCGAGCGCGAGCAGCUGGAGCGCAUCGAGGGCGUCUACGAGGUCUUCCAGAGGACAGUCAGCGACAGCGACGCCCUCAAAGACAUGGUGGAGGCGUACAAGUGCUGGGACCGGCGCAAGUACCGCGACUGCUUCGCCAGCCUGCUCCAGGACACGCUCAUCCGCGAGUACCGGGACUCGUCGAACCAGUACACGCCGGCGAAGACCAGGAUCUGCAGGCAAUGGUCUGCCCUGGCCAACAGUUGUUUCGACGACACGACCGGUGCCCUGUGCCCCGAUAGUGCGAGGGCGGGACGCCAGCACUUCCGCGACGUGAUGGCAGCCUACGUGGGCAGCUUCGGGUGCCCGGACAGCGGCGCCACAGCAGGCAAGCCGCUCCUGUUGACCAGCACUGCCAUCGCCUUCACCGUCUGGCUGAUGACGCGCCUUGGCGCCUUCUACUAGUCGGCUGCUGUCGUGUCGUGCGACGAAAGACCGGCAAGCGGCGUCCGGCCAACGUUAUCUAAUCAUCGACAUCAUGAUUAGCUUGUCGAGGUCUUCAGAAGCAAUGAAGGCGUCCCCCAGAGAUCAUCCAGUCCCUCCCAAUACCUCUACCAUCGAUAUGGGUUGACACAUGUCUAAUCCUAGCUCCAUUUCAAAAAAGUAUAUCGUUACUUCUUUGAUAGAGACUUCGUGCACCAUCACACGUAAAGCGCUUCCUAUAUAAGAAAGAAAAUUUACAUAUUUUUCACGGACGCAUGUCCCCGUUUCGGAGCGCGCUUCAGCAGUUGGAUCCGGUAGGCGAUACAAUCGUUAAUUUCCUCUAAGUUUUUAACCUAUAUACAGAGUUUAUGCGAAUAAUUUUGUGAAUGGUAUGCACGGUGUACGCAAUGGUAUGCAUGUUCCCUGCUUGUGCAAGGUCACAUUUUAAUAUAAAUUUUACCCAUGCACUUUAAAGCUUACUAUCUUUCGGAUUCCAAGCAUAACCGUCAUCUACUUUGCGACCAAUUCCUUUUACCCACUGCAUCACUGCUUUCCUGUCAAGAACGCUCUGUAACGCUGAUCCGCUCAUAUCGUUCGUGACCUGAAAGUAACAUGCACGCAGAUAGAUGAUGAUUGAAGUUUGGAGACAACGUAAAAGCCACGAAGGGUGCAAAUUUGUUUUUUAGUGCAUGGUAUAUUUGUCCGAGACACAUCUUGUAUCCCAAUCAGCAAUGCUCCAGAACUGUCUCAACUCAUUCGAGAAAGCGGAAAUGUGCUCCGGUAAGUGCAAGCGCAACUAGAACUUCACAGGUGUUCUCUCAAACCAAGUGGCUCAUUAGAGGCACCGUGACCUAUAAGUCAAGAGAUCUUGACAGGCCCGUAACGGUCACAAAAUAUCAGUUAACCACUGUCAUGAUCACAAAGCUGAUGCAAAUCUGUCCAAACGAGAGCUGGUCCGAACGACUGCAAGGACACUGGAGACUCGCAAAACCCCGUGUCCAGAUUGUUUGUACCUUCUUCAAGUCUCGCACUUCCUGUCCGUGAGCUCAAUACUUGCCCAACGUGUUAAAGGGACAGUAAAGGCAAAUCAUAGGUUAACGUGGACUGUAGAAAUAUCAUUCGAGAAACGUCGAAGCGCUUGUUUCCUGCCAAGAAAGAACCUAGUUUAAUAGAAAAUCAUGUCUAAAGGGCCCGCGUACCUCUAGUACAAUUCAAAUCGCCCACCCCCAAGCGGGGAGUCGUGACGUUGCAUACGCCGUCAACUGCCGUCGGUGAGUAAAACGACACCCGACAGCCGGUGCUGCAGUUUCUUGCGCAAAAGGCAGAAGCGUCGCCAGAAACCGAGCCAAGACAGCCGGCAGUGCGAAAGGGGAAGGGAAAGCGCGCGCCGAAUCAUAAACACUGGCGCGUUAAGUUAAGGCGCUCGAGCGCGCUCUAGCCAGCAGAGUGCGCUCUUUUAAACUUAACGGCUAAAAAGCGACUUCCGGUGCGUGAUUACGGAGCGCGCUCUACGCGCUCCACCCUGGAAACGGUGCGCGAGAGCGCGCGCCUGCUGCGGCUUCCGGAAAAAUUACGUGUUUCCGACUCUUUCCACUUAUGCAAGUCCGUGCUCCUUGCCUACUCGUUCCUGCCGCCGCUGCGCAGCCGGGCGUCUGCUCCAAGGCAUGAUCGGGAACUUCGCGUGUUGGCGCGGUUUGAGCUUAUCACGAACCGAAAAUGACGGCCCGAGCAUUACUUUCCAGACGCUCAGGUACGUAACCGAACAGUCGCAGUUUGGCGCCUUCUCGUCGCUACGUUCAUGUGAAUGACUUCUUCAGGUCCUCACGUUAUCAUGGAAGAUGUUGGGGCACUGCUCUUUCAAUUGUGUGUCCGUGUAUCUGGGCACAAGGUUGAUCACAUAAUCCUGGAUGCUUCGGAUCAUAAGACUUUCUGUCCUCUUGCGAUCGGCAAUGAGUCAUCAGUCAGCAUACCGCGGAGCAGAAAUAAAUACUCUGAUAGGGUACCUCUAAGAACAGCACGAACAGCUUGCAUCGCAUACGUAAGCCGCUGCUGCUGUGUCCGUCGCCGCGCGUCAAGUUAUUCUAGCUCUUCAUUGUCUAUCAAGAACUGCAGGAAGGUGUUUAUCGGCGGCGCCAUCUUCAAAAAGCGCGCGCAAUGCGAUAGCGGUCGCGGAAGCAACAUAACAUUCGCCAGACGGCGCGUUCGUGCGCCCGAAAGCAGUCGGCGAAAAUCGCCGUUAAGUUAAGCUCCGAAAGCGUCGCACUCGAGCGCACUCGAGCGUGCUCCUUUGGAGUUCGGAGCGCGCUGAUUUAACGCGCCCACUAUUUUCUACGCUGGUCGCGAUGGGCAUCGUUCUCUGCUACUUGCAGCUUGGGCGAGUUUCGCGAGCCAGCAAAACCAGCGCAGCACUACGCAAUAACGAAACUACUGAAACGCGAUAGCGCGGGCGACGCGCAAGGUCGAGCGCGAACGAAAUCUUUCGACCGAUCGCGUCGUUAUCAAAAGUACCCUACGAGUUUCGUUUUUUUUUUUCUUGAAUCGAAUAGAAGUAACCAAGUAGCAUUUUCCUCCCUAUUAUAAAACACUGCAAUGAUCUUUUUAUUACGAAUGGUUAAGUACUGGCAACAUUAUAAUGAAUCAUUACGUCAUCGGGCGAGUACUUGAAUGUCCCCGUGGAGUCCCCAAUCAUGUCCUGCAUUUACCUCAAUUUCUCGAUUACUACGCCUCUGGUCUCGAUAAUAUUGACGCCUUAGACGCUCUCGGGCAUUGAUAUUGCCACAUGGUGUGGCACAGCAAGGGGACUGAAGAAGAAGAGAACGAGGUUCGUCUCGGCAUCGCGCAUCGACGCUUACGUUUGCCUGGAUCCUCAUUGAGCGUAUAUUCUACAGCAGGGUAUACGCGACAAUUUGGUGGAUGUGCUGGGUACGCUCAACUCGUUCUCUUCUUCUUCAGUCCUCUUGCUGUGCCACACCAUGUGGCAAUAUAUCCCUUUAACUUGAUAUAAGAUUUGCCUUUACUGUCCCUUUAAGUGCAUUUUCAAACGUUUGCUGGAGCCUUUGUUGACUUUCAAGACUGUGCGAGCAGAUUACGAGGCUCUCCAGUGAUUUUGGUAACGAAGGAACGGGCCACUGUGACCGCGUCCUGACAGGCACAAAUUUGGAGCCCUAUGGCCAGUGUAGAAAGCCGGUUCUCGUAACCACUGCUCUUGUAGAUCACCAGCACAUGUCCGGUUAUUCACUGACCUAUCAACAACGGUGGCCACCUGAAGUUGUUUAUUUUUUGUCCAGUGUUACAAGGUCUUCCCUCAGGUCAUCAUCGCUUAGUCUUAUGUACUAUAACUUUUCUUAUUUUACAAGCUUGUCUUGGCAGACUCAUGACCCGAAUGACUUUGCAGACGUUUGCGAGCCGGGACAUUUGUUUGUAGUCCAACACGUUCUGCUGUAAAAAAGAGACAAUAAAAAGGUAUUCACUCCCA